AUGAAUAAAAUCAAUCUAGAAGUAGGACAGACGCUGAUAGUUGAGCUAGACGGAGAAAGUGUGCUUGGUCGCUUAUGUCACGUAGCUUCUGGGCGUUCCUUCAUUCGGCUGGAAAAUGUGCGUGAUUUGGCCACGAACGACCUACAAGGAAAUCAGUGUUACUAUAAUUCAGAAAUACGGAGCAUUCAAAUAGUUGAGGGUGGCGAAAGAACAGCACAAUCGAACGAUGAAGGAACUGGCGAGGAAACAACACCCACCACCUUGCCCGUCAAACAACUUACGCUAGAAAGUCUUAACAACGCAAUCGACAAAAUUCAACUGUGCCUCUACAUCCACCAGCUUGAUUCUCGAUACCAUGACUCGAUUAGGUUUCUUAAGAAACAAACUACCAUAGCUAUGGCAAUGGAAGGUGUCGAGCUGGGUCGUCACUCCAAAUCGCCUUCUUUGCUGUCGAUCGCAACAAAUAGCAAGAUUUUUAUUUUUGACAUAAAAUUGAUUAGAAUCACGAAUGAUAUGAAGGAACUGCUGAGCAGCGAUCGUUACUUACGUGUUUUAUACAACGGCCGGUUUGUGCGUGAUGCGUUGCAAUAUAAAUUCAAUAUUGUGUUGGGACGUUGCUUUGAUAUUAUGGUAGGCCAUAUUGCCAUUUGCAAAGCUUAUCCUGCCAUGGCAACCCAACAGGCUAUAGCCACGAUAAGCGAUACUCCAUUCGAGGCGUGCGUGGCGCAUUACUUGCAGCUUCCACCGAACUUCUUCGAUAAAAGUAUAACAUAUGAAUUGAGGCCAAUGCGCGAUAAUGUUAAACGGGAGGCAGCUAAGCACGUGGCUUUUCUUCUGGCAUUACAGAAACAUUUUGUAAAUGAAAUUAUGCUGGAGCCGUUCUACCGUAGUUGUGACCAGUACAUGAACAGCCUAGCUUGCGUUUCCGAUCCCAUCGACUGCUUGCGUGAGACAGUAUCGGAUGGAAGUUCAGCUGUAACAGCUGUGGAACCAUUUUCACUAGCCAUACCGCUUGGAAACGAGAUAAACGAAACACGAUGAUGAACAACAUAACAGUGAGGCUUGUGGUACUAGAAAAUAUAACAACGUACGUUACUACCUACAUGAUAAAACAAUUGGUAAACAAACAAUUUGUUUAUAUGUUUCAGUUGUCCUACAGAAAUCUU